UCCACCUCGUCCGUGCCCCGCUCGGUGGACCUGUGGCGUGGGGCGGAUUCCUAGCUCCCCGACUUCUCACGGGGCAGAGGAGGGGAGAUCACCCGGCCGUCGCGCUGAAGCUCUGAGGCCGCCGGGACCCGGCAUGCAGAGGAGAGGCCGGCGCGGGUGAGGCUCAGGGCUGGGCCGCCGGACCCUGGACGCCCAGUGUGGACGCGCCGCGAAGGCGCAGCGCUCGCCGAGGCGUCCGCAGCUGCAAGAGGCUCGUUUGCCCCCGACCCGAGGCUCACGGCCAGCAUGGCCCCCACGCUGCAGCAGGCGUACCGGAGGCGCUGGUGGAUGGCCUGCACGGCCGCGCUGGAGAACCUCUUCUUCUCUGCUGUGCUUCUGGGCUGGGGCUCCCUGCUGAUCAUGCUCAAGAAGGAGGGCUUCUAUUCCAGCAUGUGCGCAGUUGAGAACAUCACCAACAGCACCCAGGACGAGCAGCGCCAGUGGCUGAGCUGUGACCGGCAGGACGAGAUGCUCAAUGUGGGCUUCACCAUCGGCUCCUUCGUGCUCAGCGCCACCACCUUGCCGCUGGGGGUCUUCAUGGACCGCUUCGGCCCCCGGCCUGUGCGGCUGGUUGGCAGUGCCUGCUUUGCUUCAUCCUGCACCCUCAUGGCCCUGGCGUCUUGGGACACUGAAGUUCUGUCUCCAUUGAUAUUCCUGGCACUGUCUCUGAAUGGCUUUGGUGGAAUCUGCCUAACGUUCUCUUCACUCACCCUGCCCAACAUGUUUGGGAACCUGCGCUCCACGGUCAUGGCCCUCAUGUUCGGCUCCUACGCCUCUUCUGCCAUCACAUUCCCGGGAAUCAAGCUGAUCUAUGAUGCUGGUGUGGCCUUCGUGGUCAUCAUGUUCACCUGGUCCGGCCUGGCCUGCCUUAUCUUUCUGAACUGUGCCCUCAACUGGCCUAUCGAAGCCUUUCCUGCCCCUGAGGAAGUCAAUUACACGAAGAAGAUCAAGCUCAGUGGGCUGGCCCUGGAUCACAAGGUGACAGGUGACCGCUUCUAUACCCACGUGACCAUCGUGGGCCAGCGGCUGAGCCAGAAGGCCCCUAGCCUGGAGGAGGGGGCUGACGUCUUCAUCUCAUCCCAGGAUGUUCGUGGCACCUCAGAAAAACUUCCUGAGAGGUCUGUCCCCUUCCGCAAGAGCCUCUGUGCCCCCAUUUUCCUGUGGAGCCUCCUCACCAUGGGCAUGACCCAGCUGCGGGUCAUCUUCUACAUGGCCGCCAUGAACAAGAUGCUGGAGUACGUUGUGACCGGCGGCCAGGAGCAGGAGACGAAUGAACAGAGAGAAAAGGUGGCAGAGACAGUUGGGUUCUACACCUCCAUAUUUGGGGCCAUGCAGUUGUUGUGCCUUCUCACCUGCCCCUUCAUCGGCUACGUCAUGGACUGGCGGAUCAAGGACUGUGUGGAUGCCCCGGCUGACGGCACUGCCCUCAGAGAUGCCAGGGAUAGGGUUGCUGCCAAGUCCCUCAGACCACGCUACUGCAAGAUCCAGAAGCUCACCAAUGCCAUCAAUGCCUUCACGCUGACCAACUUUCUGCUUGUCGGUUUUGGCAUCACCUGCCUCAUCAACAGCUUGCACCUCCAGUUCGUGACAUUUAUCCUGCACACCAUGGUCCGAGGUUUCUUCCACUCUGCCUGUGGAAGCCUCUACGCUGCAGUGUUCCCAUCCAACCACUUCGGGACGCUGACAGGCCUGCAGUCCCUCAUCAGCGCUGUGUUCGCCCUGCUCCAGCAGCCACUCUUCAUGGCCAUGGUGGGACCCCUGAAAGGAGAGCCCUUCUGGGUGAAUCUGGGCCUCCUGCUGUUCUCACUCCUCGGAUUUCUGCUACCUUGCUACCUCUUCUACUACCGUGCCCGGCUCCAGAAGGAGUACAUCGCCAACGGGGUGGGCCCCCUGAAGGUGCUCAGCAGCCCUGAGGCAACGACAUAGACUUCUGAGGCAGAGAGACCUGGACAAUAGGCACCCAAGGCCUAAGCAACCAAAGGGAAUGCCCCAUAUGGCUUUUCUACCUGUAACAUUCUCAUAGAGCCAGGGGCCAUAGAUUUAUAAAUACCAAGAGUUCUAUUUUUGUAAGGACUUGGAAAAAGGAAAAAAAAAAACCCUCCAAAAAAAAAAUCCCCCAAAGCAACGCUCCAUUGACCGAAGCUAGUCUCUGUGCUAGAGGGAUUGGGCCUCCUUCUUCCUUGGAUUGGAGGACACCAGGGUGUGGGAGGCCCUUUCUCCAGGCCUUCGUCCUAGGGCCUGCCUCCUGGUACCCCAUGCAGCUUGUGGGAUCAGCAAACAGGCUACCCUCUAAGGUCCCAGCUGCCAAGAGUGUGCAUGCAUGCAUGUGUAUGCCUGUGUGCGUGUGUGUGACACAACUUUCCCUCAGAAAGAAGGGCCUGAGGUGCUGGCUAUGCCCUGGGUGGGGUGUGGCGGGUAGGCCCCUUCUAGAGGCUGGAGGGCAGGUUCCCUCCCUGGUGCUGCUUCUUGCAGGUCUUAGAGGAAAUAAAAAGGGAAGUGAGAGACUG